AUGGGCUUAGUUGACACCAUGUAUGGUCAUCAAGAUGUCGUCAUGAGUGUAAGUGCUCUUCAAAAGCAGCGAGUGGUUACAGCUGGAAGGCAAGAUCGAAGCUGUCGACUGUGGAAAGUGGAAGAUGAGAGCCAGCUGGUAAGAGCUGCUGCUUUUUAUACAAGGGGCGGCAAAUGA